AUGGCGGCGGCGCAGGCGGUGGAAGAGAUGCGGAGCCGCGUGGUUCUAGGGGAGUUCGGAGUUCGCAAUGUUCAUACCACCGACUUUCCCGGGAACUAUUGGGGCUAUGAUGAUGCCUGGGACCAGGACCGCUUUGAGAAGAAUUUCCGUGUGGAUGUGGUACACAUGGAUGAAAAUGAACUGGAGUUUGACAUGGUGGGAAUUGAUGCAGCCAUUGCCAAUGCUUUUCGGCGUAUUCUAUUAGCUGAGGUGCCAACCAUGGCUGUGGAAAAGGUCCUGGUGUACAACAACACAUCCAUUGUCCAGGAUGAGAUCCUCGCUCAUCGCUUGGGGCUCAUUCCCAUUCAUGCGGAUCCCCGUCUUUUUGAAUAUCGGAACCAAGGAGACGAAGAAGGCACAGAAAUAGACACACUGCAGUUUCGGCUUCACGUCAGGUGUACUCGGAACCCCCAUGCUGCAAAAGAUUCCUCUGACCCCAAUGAACUCUAUGUGAACCACAAAGUGUACACCAGGCACAUGACAUGGGUUCCCCUGGGGAACCAGGCUGACCUCUUCCCGGAGGGCACCAUCCGACCAGUGCAUGACGACAUCCUCAUCGCUCAGCUGCGGCCUGGCCAGGAGAUUGACCUGCUCAUGCACUGUGUCAAGGGCAUUGGUAAAGAUCAUGCCAAGUUUUCACCUGUGGCAACAGCCAGUUACAGGCUCCUGCCGGACAUCACACUGUUGGAGCCCGUGGAAGGGGAGGCAGCUGAAGAGCUGAGCCGGUGCUUCUCACCUGGUGUGAUCGAGGUGCAUGAAGUCCAAGGUAAAAAAGUGGCCAGAGUUGCCAAUCCCCGGCUAGAUACCUUCAGCAGGGAAGUCUUCCGGAAUGAGAAGCUAAAGAAGGUUGUGCGGCUUGCUCGGGUUCGGGACCAUUAUAUCUUCUCUGUUGAGUCAACCGGGGUAUUACCACCUGAUGUGCUGGUGAGCGAAGCCAUCAAGGUACUGAUGGGCAAGUGCCGGCGGUUCUUGGAUGAACUAGAUGCAGUUCAGAUGGACUGA